ACGUCUGCACCAUUAGUAUAUAUUUGCUCACCUGACCUAGGUGUUGCCCCACAGAAGAUAACAUAAUUAGCAUGAUUGUUUCACUGAUAACGGGAUGAUUGCAUCUCAUGUGAUGUAGCUAAAAGCUGUGAUGAUUUGAAGGACAACACUGUCAGCUGCUGACAUGUUAACAGGAUGUGAUUAAUGCACAAAGCAGUCCAGUGCACUAAUGUUAUAAUGAUCAGAAACAUAACAUGCCAGAACUUUUGUGAAAUAUGAAAAUCAACGAGAAAAGUUUAGUGAAAUUCGCCUCGUCUGGGGCACCCGCUGAUAAAGAAGGUCCAUUACUUAAGAGAGGUGAGCUCAAUAAGGGGUUCCAGAAGCGAUGGUUUGUGUUAAAAGGAAAUCUUUUUUUUUACUAUGAGAGAAGGACAGAUAAAGAACCAAUUGGCGUGGUAGUCCUGGAAGGAUGUACAAUAGAACUCGCAGAGAACACAGAUGGAUUUACUUUCCAGAUUGUAUUUCCAGGAAGUCACUCCCGUACUUACACAUUAGCAGCAGACUCGCAGGAAGAAAUGGAAGCAUGGAUGAAAGUGUUAGCAUGUGCAAGUUAUGACUACAUGAAGUUGAUGGUUGCAGAUCUGCAACAACAGAUAGAGGAAAUGAAUUCUGAGACACAGCAGCGACUCGUGGAGCAGGCCAAACGAGAUAGUAAGAUGGUGCAUUCCCAGUACCAGAAAAUCUCCUACUCAGCUGAUGAUUCUAGUUAUCAUGACAUAUUAGGAUUAACAGUGGAUGAGAAUGCUUCCAUUAGUCCCCAAGGAAGAAUAAGUAACCAGAGAUUCAAUCCUUUUAAUUCUUCAGCUAAUGAUAUAUUAGAAUCAGGCGGGGCAAAGUCAGGACAAGUUGUGGACUUGGUUAAUGAUUAUUACGAUGAUUCUGCUGAAGUGAACCACAAAAGUUUUAUAGAACUACACGAGGAAUAUGGAACACAAAUACAGUGCCUAAGUGAGCUAUGGAGAACUGGUGCCAUGACCAGGAACUCUCUGUUGCUCUCUCCUGACAUUUUAUAGCUUCAAUUUAUAAUUUCUUCCUAGACUAUCUCAAAAAUUAAUAUUGUGGGUCGUUUGCUUGUGGGAAGAUUGUCCCUAAAGCAUGGCCAUGUGUAAGGAAUGGUCUAUAGGAAUGUUGUAACUCAGGCCUGGGUGAGGAUUGGUCUCUAUGGAUGUUGUAACUCGGGCCUGGGUAAGGAUUGGUAUAUAGGGAGGUUGCCCCUGGGUGCCUAUGAAGGAGUGAUCUCAAGAGAGGUUGUUGCUGGAAGAGGGCCACUCUGUACGGAAAUUGUCCUAGGGUAAGGAUUCAAAUCUCUAGAGAAAUUGUCCUUGGGUGAUGAUUGUUUGUCUUGGGAGAUUGCCCUUGGGGUCAGGAUUGGCUUGAGAGAGGUUGUCCCUGUGUGAGGAAUGGUCUCUGUGGAGAUGUCCGUGGGUGAGGAUUAGUUUCUAUGGAGAUUGUCCUAGGGUAAGGCCUCUGGAGAGGUUUUCCCACUGAGAUCAUCAGAUUAGUAUUGGCUACGUUUUUGUUUUGUUGCAGUGCAUCUAUGAUUAGGGCCAGGGUACCGACACUUGGGAAUUCAACAUUUAUAUGGUCAGGAUUCGGUUAUACAGAUCUCCACAAAAGUAAAGGGGUCAUAUUUCCUGAAAUGAGUGAUAAGUCUUAUUUGGCUUGUCCUGAACAGUUGAAAUUUUAAUUGAAUUUUCUUAUAAUUAAUAGAAAAGUGUUUCCUUCAUUAUUAUCCAAAAUGGGAUGAUAAUGAUUUGUCUCCCUUUGUUGCUAAUACAGAUAGAGCCCAAAAUGGAGCAAUAUAA